CUCUCUCUCUCUCUCUCUCUCUCUCUCUCUCUCGAAUCAGUGGAAGAGAAGAUGACGGGAUGAGAGGAGAUGGAUUUUGCGGUGAGAUGCAGGGGGAACGGCGAAAUUAGCGACGUGUCCUUAUUUACGAGCCACUCGAGUCCGUGGGAACACGCCGACCGAGGAGUGUGGAAAAAAAUGAGUGAGCACGGCGUUUGCUAAAGACAGGCUCAGACCCUUCCAGAAGGCCAAAUGGAGCAGGAUGUGGAGAGUCCCGUCACAGUGAGACAGCCACGGCUGCCCAAACAGGCACGAGAUGACCUGCCCAAGCAGCUUCAGGACAGCGAUCGAGUCAAGAGCAAGGCCCAGCGUUAUGUGCGCAAGGAUGGCAAGUGCAACGUGCACCACGGCAACGUUCGCGAGACCUACCGCUACUUCACAGACAUCUUCACCACGCUAGUGGACCUGAAGUGGCGGUUCAACCUCUUCAUUUUUGUGCUGGUCUACACAGUAACGUGGCUCUUUUUUGGCUUUAUGUGGUGGCUGAUCGCCUAUGCUCGAGGGGACCUGGAGCACAUAGGUGAUAAUGCAUGGACGCCGUGUGUCAACAACCUGGAGGGUUUUGUCUCGGCCUUCCUGUUCUCCAUUGAAACUGAGACAACCAUUGGUUAUGGGUAUCGGGUGAUCACAGACAAGUGCCCAGAGGGAAUCGUGCUUCUGUUAGUGCAGUCGGUGCUGGGAUCAAUUGUGAAUGCCUUUAUGGUGGGCUGUAUGUUUGUGAAGAUCUCACAGCCUAAGAAACGUGCAGAGACAUUGGUGUUCUCUACCAACGCAGUCAUCUCAAUGCGCGACGGGCGCCUCUGUCUGAUGUUCCGCGUUGGUGACCUGAGGAACUCACACAUCGUUGAGGCCUCAAUCCGAGCUAAGCUGAUCAAGUCCAAACAGACCAAGGAGGGGGAGUUUAUCCCCCUCAACCAAACAGACAUGAAUGUGGGCUAUGACACGGGAGAUGACCGCCUCUUCCUUGUGUCCCCACUCAUCAUCUGCCAUGAGAUCAACCAGCAUAGCCCCUUCUGGGAGAUCUCCAAAGCCACCCUCGCUAAGGAGGAGCUGGAGAUUGUUGUGAUUCUGGAAGGCAUGGUGGAGGCCACAGGAAUGACCUGCCAGGCUCGCAGCUCAUACGUGGCCAGUGAGAUCAAGUGGGGCUACCGCUUCAUGCCCGUGCUCACGCUGGAGGAUGGCUUCUAUGAGGUCGACUACAACAGCUUCCAUGAGAUCUACGAGACUAACACACCGAACUGCAGCGCACGCGAGUUGACCGAGAUGAGCACACGUUCACGUCUGCCACUCUCCUGGUCCGUGGCAAGCAAACUGAGCCAGCAGGGCCUGCUAGACUCACACAAUAAUGAUGCGGAGCAGGAGAAAGUGAGCAGCGAGACACAAGAGCAGGAACGCAAUGGUGACAUCGCCAAUAUGGAGAAUGAGUCCAAAGUGUAAAGUGAAACAAGCAGGGCAGGGCAGAGAGUUUGCUUCCUCUCUCUAUUUGACAAAAAUCACGUCCAUUCUCAGACAUUGGUCAGACAUCCACAUCAGAGGAGGGUGAUAUGACAAAAAUAUAGCACAAUACAUGAAGGCAUUUGUACAAUACACAAUAUAUAACAAGGUAUAAAGACUUGCUGGCAAAUUGCCAGUAAAGCAGUAGUGCUGCAUUUAAAGCCAUAAUAUUUAAUAGUGAAAAGAAGGGAAAGAAUUUAAUUCUUAUUAAAUAUUAACAUUUUACAACAUAAACAAAUAGAACAAAUGGCUUACAUCUAAUCAUCUGCUUCCAACUUUGUAGUUGUUAUAAAAUUAUUGACAAUAUCCACAAUCUCAGAAUGUGUAUUGUGACAGUUAGUCAUGCCAAUCUCAUAUCGUCAUAUUGCACAGACUAUAUCCUCUCUCUCUCUCUCUCUCUCUCUCGAACUCUCUCUAUCGGCCCUGACACACCAAGCUGACUGAAAGCCUACUAAAUGACUGUAGUUUUGUAAUGUUUUGGCCCUUGUUAGCACAGAUCAGUGCCAAUUUAACAUGUUGUGAGCACGUUAGUUCUCUAACUCACAGAAUUAUACUCUCAAGUUAUUAUUCCUUAUUUGUCAAUGCUAGCUAUAUUUAAAUUACAGACAGACCAUAUAAACGGUUUCUGAAACUAUAUACUGGUAAAUGUUGUACGAUUCUUACAGUAGUAUGUUAUUUGGCAUGCAAUUCUUAAUAUUUCAACUUUUCUCUUUUUUAAUACUAAUACAUAAAACUGCCUUCAAAAAAAAAAAAAGACACAAGGGGAACUUUAUUCAGUUUUGGUUGGUGCUAGUGUUUCAAAGUCAGAUUGGUGUGUCACUGUGGAGAAGACAUCAUGCCAGAGAGAAAGCAGUUGCACUGGAGGGGGAUGUAAAAUCUAAUACACAGGUGGUAUUGCUUUAGAUUUGUGACAUGAGCACAAUGUGCCACAUUAACAAGUAAAACCUUUAUUACAGUGCUCUUACAUUACAGCACUUUAUCUCUUCAGUGAUAUUAGCAGUCACUCGUGUAAGUCCCUGUUAUAGUUCCUUGCAUCUUAUUUUAUUGCAGUCAUGCCACACUGAAAUGCAAACACUGUCCAAUCACAGCUUGUACUGAAUUUAGGAGUGUGGUUGACCUCUGAGCACAAAUUCCCAUUGGUUUUUGCAUCCGUAUUAAAAUCCUUUAUAGUUUCUUACAUUUUAUGUAAGAUUUUGUAUUAGAUCAUUAGUACUUACAUGUGAUAAAACUAUCAAUAUUGCUAAAAAGGUUGCUUAAAAGAUGUCAACAAAAUUCUUAGACUUAAUUUUAGCAAGAAGUAGGAUGAAAAUUGUUGAAAUUGCUGCUUUGUUUGAGGAUAGUGACAUGCUGAUGUUUCCUAAUUGGAACUUAUUACAGUAUAGUAUACAGUAUGUGUAUAGGUAAAUUUUUAUGUUGUGCAUUUAACACGUGUAUAUUCUUCCAGAGUGUAUAUUUGCAGCUGAUUACGUUAUGCAAACCCAUAAUAGAAAGUGCAUGCAGUAUGCGGGAAUGAUGCCGUCCUAUAAAGCAGGGCAAGAAUUUCCUUAAUAAAUCGUGUUCCUUUACCAUGCUUGUAGUAUGUUAAACGUGAAUAAAAUACUUAUCUGAAAUAUCCAGUAGCCUGCGAUAUUUCCCUGUUACUUACUAAUCCUGGAAUAAGAAAAACAUAAGAGCAGAGCAGAACAACCAUGGAUAGCUAAGCAGUACAUUUGUGACAGUUUUUGAUUCAUUAGGUAUCCAGAUUAUUAAAAUAGAUAACAAAUUCCUCUUCUUUGUAUGAAGGUACACUACUGCUGCAAGCAAGUCUAAAAAUAAAACGUGAUCAUUCUUGGUCUUGUGAGCAGUAAGUGUUUAGUUAUUUUAACAAGUUUAUCUUGUAUUAGUGACAGAUAUGAAAAGCUUGAUGAGAAGAAAAGAAGAAAUAAAGAAAAUAUAAACAGUAACCCCUAGUGGAAAAUGGUGCUUUCAGGUCCUUCCUCGAACCCCACCACAGUCUGUGUGCUGUGAUUGGAUAGUGGUUGCAUUUUAGUGUGGAGCUGCUGCAACUUAGUGAUGAAAGCACACCAACACCAUCCAACAAGGAAUUCUAUUCUUUUAUUAUGUGAAGUCAACAUUAAAUUCUUGCAGGAGUUUUUUUUUUAUUAUUAUUCUGGUAAGUUGUCCUCUCUUGCCAUUCAGUCUGUUUACUGCUUUUCAUGUUUCCCCCCGGUCGCUUUUCUAUAUGGCACGGAUUCUUUUCCAUGUGUAACGGCCAUAAUGCACAUUCUCUCACAAUCACACCCACACACUUUUGCACAAACCCAAUCCCCUCGCUUAAGAAAUUAAACAAUCUCUCUGCCUUUCUGUCAUCUCUGCUUUGCUUUGCUGGACACCAGUCUGAGAUCAGCUCAGGAAAGAGUCCUAAAAGUCGGGCAGAGCACACAGCCUCCUGCAACCCCUCCGUAUCACUUUUCCUCUUCCUUGCUCUCCAUAUCUCUCGUGCCCCAAAGAGACUCAAGUUGGACAAACUCAGAGGCUUGGGCAAACUGCAUGAUUUCAAAUAAUACAUUUUCUUUAAAAUAAAAAAAACAAAAACAUUAUUUUCAGAUUUUUAAUUGAAAGAUUAAAAGUUAUAUAUGUAUAUGAAUAUAUAGAUAUAUUCUAGGGCAUUUACAUUUGUAUUUUUUGUACAUAUAUUUCAAUAACUGUUUUGUUUGAGAUGAGUGAACAUUUGACAGGUAGCUGUUUGAUACUAUGUUGAUUUGGACCAGGUGUGUAUAUUCUGCCUUUUGGAAGAGGAUUUCUUUACCUUCUGGGUUUUCAGAAACAUAUAUGUAUAUAUCUACGCAUGUACAAACCUUAACUGUAGUUGAUUUACUCUGUAUGAUGUAUAUAAACGAUGGUAGGUAGUUGUAGGUGAGGCGCAAAUGAUCUUUUACUGGAUGCAAAAGCUUUAGCCUGGAGUGUGCGAGUGAUUUCCGAAGGAAGAUGUGUUUGGCCCUGACUGUGCAUGUCUGCUCUGAUAUCCCACUAAACCUCAACAUUCACCUUCAGCCCCCUUUAGACAUCCGUUACUUUCUACAGACUCGUAUUACUUCACACCUUUAAACAGAAGGCGUGUGCAUGUGUGUGUGUGUGUGUGUGUGUGUGUGUGUGUGUGUGUGUGUGUGUGUGUGUGUGCCUCAGGUAGCCUCAGGUGCUGUGUGAGUGUGUAGCUCCCAGAUGACUCAUGGUGUGCUGUUUGCACAUGCUCUCCCUGAAUACUGAGAAACAUUUCCUUUUUUAAUUGUCAAUUAUUCAUCUGGCAGUCAUAAAUGAAAACAUUUUUCCCCUUAAGGCCCCUCAGGUAAACGUUAUCGCUCUUUGAUCGACACUCCAAAAGAAAGUAUAUUUCUAUACAUUUUACAUAUUCCUUCACAAACAGCAUCGUUUGCUGUACAUUUUGGGGAUUUGGGCUUUUACCUCAAGCACUGACAUUUUAGAUCAUCUUUUUUUUCAUUGAACCUAAAUUUUUUUUUCCUGAUCAUGAGCAACCAAAGAGACCAAGCCCUGUAUCACUAAAGCAAUCUGAGAAUAGAAAUGGAAGCUGUUUUUCUUUUUUAACUGGAUGUUUUAAAGGAUAAAACUGAAAUUUGUUACACCUGAAGGGCUUUACAUUUUUCUCAUAGAAAAAAAAUGUAAAUCAUGUUUAGCAAGAACUUAACACACAGGACAAACAUCACUCCUCCAGGACCUUAUUAUUGAUUUCCAGCUCCUUCAAGAAAAUAGAUUUAGUUGAUUAUUAAACUUUCAGAAGGUGCAUUUGAAAUUGGUGGCAUAAAUAAGUAUAUUUUCAACUUCAUAUAUUAACCUGCAGCUUGUAAUCUGUAUAGAAUAAUAGCAUGCCAAGUAUACAUAAAGAUUGAAAGCAUUAUGACCCGUUUUGAGAUGUUGUAAGGCUGUUAGUAAGUUUAGAAUCGGAAAGGCAAUGUGCACCACUCUCAGUGUACAUUAUAUUUGCUGAAGUGCCCUUUAAUCGUGCUCCUCGACGGACUGAGAGACCCCUCUCCUUUUAAGCAAGCCAUCCAGAGGGCAAGACAACCUCCCACACACACACACACACACACACACACACACACACACACACACACACACACACACACUCUCUCUCUCU